AAAUGUUAGAAAAUGCAAAUUAUAUAUAUUUAGAUGGUACAUUUAGUGUAGUUACAGGACUAUAUUUUCAAUUAUAUACAGUUCAUGCCAUAUACUGGAAUCAUAUAUUAACAGUUGUUUAUAUAUUGUUGCCAGGUAAAAAACAACAUUUAUACAAAGAAAUGUUCCAUCAAAUAAAGAAUUUAAUACCAAAUUUUGGUCCACCAAAUUUUCCAACUUCGAUUUUAUCCGGAUGUUUUUUUCAUUUAUGUCAAAAUAUUUAUCUUGUUGUUGUACGUUUUGGCUUAAAGACAUUAUAUGAUGAUAAUGGAGAUUUUGCAAAACAAAUUCGUUCAUUACCAGCAUUAGCACUGUUACCGAUUCUUGAUGUGAUUCCGACAUUUGUGGAAAGAAAAGCACAAUUUCAAGCAGAAAGUGAACAUGUAUUAACUUAUUUUGAAGAAUAUUAUAUAGGAGGUAUUCAAAGUCAUUUAUCACACCCAAGAAAAGCAGCAAAAUAUGAUAUAUUAUUGUGGAAUGAACAAAAUUAUAUUGAUGCUGAAAUUAUACAAGCAAAUGCUGGUGUUACAAAAUUACGUCGAAAAGAUCAAGUUCGUCAAGAAACAUGUAUUUUAAACAUCCUGAAUGAACCAACAAAGACAGCCCUUGAAAAAGUUAUGGCUUUAGCUCAGAUUAUUUCAUUGAAGAAGUCAUAA